AUGCACAUCCUCUCCGAACCAGACGUUGCGCACAUCUUCCGCAGCCUGUCCCAGGAACAAUGUCACACAUUCAUAGACACCCUCAGCAACGCUCUCGUGGCUAUUACCCGCGAAGCAAGCCCCCAAAUACAAGCCUCAGACCGACUCAUCCACCAACCCCUCCGAACAGUCUUCACGACCAAAAAGAAUAACACAUGCAUCUUCAUGCCAGUCUCAGACACCGAAACAACAGGCAUCAAAGUAGUAACAGUCGGUGAAGCCGGCAUCCAGGGCGUAAUAAACGUCUUCAAUCCAGAAGGCCGACUCCAAGGCCUCCUCGCCGCAGCCGAAGUAACAGCUUUCCGCACCGCAUUAGCAACAAUGACGCUGUUCGUGCGAUGCACGACAAUCCGCAAGGACCACGUUGUUGUCUUCGGCUGUGGGCGACAGGCGGAGUGGCAUGCGCGACUUGCGCUGCUGCUUUAUCCCGAGCAGAUUCGGAGCGUGACCUUUGUCAAUCGGGGACGGGAGAGACUGGGGGAGUUUGAGGAGGAUGUUGUUGUUGGGCUGAGGCGGGUCUAUCCGGCUGUUGAUUUUGAGAUGCUUGCUAUGGAGGGGAAUGGGGGUUAUCAGGGGGCGCUUGCUGCGGUUCUUGGUGCUGCGGAUGUUAUCUUUAGCUGCACGCCUGCUGUGCAGCCGAACUUUGGGUGGGAGGUUCUUGAGGCGAAGCCUAAGCGGAGGUUUAUCUCGCUGAUUGGGUCUUAUAAGCCGCAUAUGCGGGAGAUUGAUACGAGGACUUUGCUUUCCGGGGGGAAGGUUUAUGUUGAUUCGAAGGUUGCUUGUUUGGAAGAGGCUGGGGAGUUGAUUGAGGCCAAGGUCCGGGAGGACCAGCUUAUUGAGAUGGGGGAUCUUUUGGGGGCUAAGACUGGGGUUAUGGAGGAUGCGGUUGAUGUUCCUACUGGGUGCAAUGUGGUUUACAAGUGUGUUGGCAUGGGGUUGAUGGAUCUUGUUGUGGGUAAGCAGGUGCUUGAUGUUGGGGCUGAGAUGGGUCUUGGAACGCAUGUAUCAGGGUUCUAG